AUGUGCCUCGACAUAACUGAUAUGCUUACUCCAAUAGAUUCUCCUUUCUACGGAAUUGUUCCAGGCAACGCCGCUAUCCCAUUAGGGCAAGUCGUCUUACCUGUCACCUUCGGUACAAAGGAACAUUAUCGCACCGAGUACAUUAAGUUCAAGGUCGCUGACUUCGAGACUUCUUACCACGCCAUCCUCGGAAGACCAGCUCUAGCUAAAUUCAUGGCUAUAACACACUACGCAUACCUACUGCUCAAGAUGCCAGGACCAAAAGGUGAACUCACACUAUGUGGAGACCUGAGGCGAUCCUAUGAGUGCGACGCAGAAGCCAUCGAAAUCGCUGCGACUUCUCAAGCACCUAGUCCCAUGCAACAAGUCUUCACAGUCUCGAAAAAACUCACCCCAACAGAACUCGAGAUUCCAGAGAACAAGGCGGGGGUGGCCAAGGUCAAGCUAGCAACAAACAAGGAUUCCAAGCCCAUUGACCUAGAGAUUGGUGAUUCAUCCAAGACAACCCUCAUUAGCAUAGGGCUGGAUCCCCAAUUGGAAAGCGCGCUCAUCAGUUUCCUUCAGGCUAACUGA